AUGGCGGAGGCGGCCGGGCCGGAGGCGGCCGGGGAUGGCGCGGCCGUUAUCGGCGCCACCGUGCCCACGGGGUUCGAGGCGACGGCGGCCGCCGAGGUGCAGGAGAAGCUCGGCUCCGCGUCCCGGAUCAGCAGGGACCGCGGGAAGAUCUACUUCGAGGUGCCGGCCCGCUGCCUGCCCGAGGUCCAUCGGCUGAGGUCCGUGGAUAAUUUGUUUGUUGUCGUUCAGGAGUUCAAAGAUUAUCAGUUUAAGGAAACCAAGGAAGAUGCUUUAAAAGAUUUGGAAGGUUUGGUUAAAAAACUGCCUUGGACUGAUCCUUUGAGAAUUUGGGAGCUGAACAACAGCUUAAAAAAGAAAAAGACAAAACGCAAAAAGCAGAAUCUGCAGAGAACUGCAAGCAAAGAAAAGCUGCGUGAUGGUGGAGAGGAGGAGAAGGGUGACAAAGCUGUGGGGGGGCAGGAGGACUGCGCCCCAAACAUGGUGGGAACAGAGCCGGCUGUUGGCCAGAGUGCGGAGGAAACGCAAGGAGAGGCCUCGCAGAAUGAGGAGGAGGAUAACGAGCAGUCAGAGGCUAAAAACGAGCUGCGUGCCAGUUCUGGGGCUGAGACGAAGGCUGGAGAUGAUAGGAAAGAUGAAGGAGAUGCGAAGGUGUUAAAGUUCCGCGUUACGUGCAAUAGAGCCGGAGACAAGCACAGCUUUACAUCAAACGAGGCCGCAAGAGACUUCGGAGGAGCUGUGCAGGAGCACUUCCAGUGGAAGGCUGACAUGACUAACUUUGAUGUGGAGGUUCUCCUGAAUAUUCACAAUAAUGAAGUAGUUGUGGGCAUUGCGUUAACUGAGGAGAGUCUUCACAGAAGAAAUAUUACACAUUUUGGACCCACAACUCUUCGCUCAACUCUUGCUUAUGGCAUGCUUAGGCUCUGCGAUCCCCAGCCGACAGAUAUCAUCAUUGAUCCAAUGUGUGGUACAGGUGCAAUACCCAUAGAGGGAGCUAUGGAAUGGCCUGGCUGCUAUCACAUUGCUGGUGAUAACAACCCGCAAGCUGUAAAGAGAGCAGCGAGCAACAUCUGCUCUUUGCUAAAGAAAAAUGAAAAUAAGGAAAGCAGUGCUUCCUUGGCUGCACCCUUGGACAUCGUUCAGUGGGAUAUUUGCAAUCUCCCUUUGCGGACUGGCUCUGUGGAUGUCAUUGUGACAGACAUGCCUUUUGGGAAGAGGAUAGGGUCAAAGAAGAAGAACUGGGAUCUCUAUCCAGCCUGUCUCAUGGAGAUGGGGCGGAUCUGCACACCAGGCACAGGUAGAGCUGUGCUGCUUACUCAGGACAAGAAAUGCUUCGCCAAGGCCUUGUCAAGACUGGGACACAUCUGGCGCAAAAAUCACACGGUGUGGGUGAAUGUAGGGGGGCUUCAUGCUGCAGUGUAUCUUCUGAAACGCACCUGGGAAAGAGUGGAAGAAAAAAGGUCAUUCUGGUAAUAGCCUGUGUGGAAGAAGACAGCAGACACCUCCAGAACUUCCAGAUGAGCAGACUGGUGAAGGAAACAGCUGAGAGUGUGUGUCUCUGUUCCUAAGCAGAAGGCAAUAAAUGUGAGAACUGCUUAAUGUGA